AUGGUUGAUGCCGGGCGAUGGGCGGUGCAUCGGCCGCAGGAGAACGUUGGGGCCGACGUCGCCCCUGCCGCUGCCAAACUGCUGACAUUUCGCACUAAUGACACGAAUAAGAUAUUAGCGCGAAUACUUGUCGUGGAAUGUUACUCGGUGGAUAUCAACGCGACUACCGUAAGUAAUAAGUUUAAUAGGAUGGCAGAGUCGUGUCAAUUGAUACGAAAAGCAGAAAGGACGGGAAAAGUUGUUGGACACGUCGGAGGCUGGCGACAGAACAUGAGCCGCGCAGCCAACGACACACUUACAUAUGACAUUAUAUCAAGGUUUCAUUAA